AAGAAUAAAAACUCUCCUUUUUGAACCGGAAAAAUUUCUGUAAUUUAACCGACCGAGUUAACUCGAAAUCUCAGCCGAUUCAACCGAUUCUCGCCGAUUUAGUGCCGAGUUUGUGCAUAGGAUCACAUCUGGUAUCGGACUCGUUACGGCGAGUGGCAAUAUUUCGAACCCUGCUUGGCCUUGGUUCCCAAUUCUAUUAUGUCCUUUCAUACUAGAUCAUCUCUUGAUCCUCUUCCUUCUCUUUCACUUGUCUUAAGGAGAAUCUAAAACUUCCUAAUCUGAGGAGGCCAUGGGCCUGGAGUCCUCUUCUGUUUUUGCUCUUCUUUUUUCUCUUCUAAUGAUCUCUUGUUUCCAACUAACCGAUGCUCAAUAUAUCCGAUAUCCAAGUAAUGCAAACCUCUCUAGUUCAUGGACCAACAAAAUUGGGGAGGUGAUAUCAACAAAUUCCUCAGAGUAUGCUGUUCCACAGCCCAUCCUUCUUAGAGAAAGCAUUGGCUCAGGUUUCAUCUGUGGCUUCUACUGCUACAUUGGGAGCGACGCUUGCUUCUUUGGUGUCCUUAUCUUCCAAAACAUAGAUUUACCAGAACUUGUGUGGUCUGCUAAUCGAAACAAUCCGUUCAGAAUUAAUGCUACUUCUACCCUGGAACUUACUGAAGUAGGAGAUUUGACCUUAGAAGAUGCUGAUGGCACCCUGAUUUGGUCUACAAACACAAGUGGCAAAUCUAUUGCAGGAUUAAACUUAACUGAAGCAGGCAACCUUGUGCUCUUUGACCAAAAUAACAAUACCGUUUGGCAGUCUUUUGAUUACCCGACAGACUGUUUAGUUCCCAGCCAAAAGUUGGUUUCAGGGAAGGAGCUGACAGCAAGUGUAUCUUCAUCAAAUUGGAGUGAAGGUUUGCCUUCACUUUUGGUUACUAAUGAAGGUAUGGUAGCUUAUGUUGACUCUAGUCCUCCACAGUUCUAUUAUAACAAGACUCUUAGAGGCAUGAAAAACAAUACAGAACCAAGUUAUAUUCAAUUCAGGAAUGAAAGCCUUGCUCUGUUCAUACUUACUGCUGAGCCAAAUGAUCCAGAUUCAGUGAUUUCCAUUCCUGCAGCAUUAUCUUCUCAGUUCAUGAAGUUGGACCCCGAUGGUCAUUUGAGAGUUUAUGAGUGGAGAGAAUCUGAAUGGAAGGAAGUAGCUGAUCUCCUGAAAACCAAUGAAGGCAAUUGUGAAUAUCCAUUGUCCUGUGGAAAAUAUGGAAUUUGUUCAGACGACCAGUGCAGCUGUCCUGGAGAUUCAAGUAAUGCGGCAAAGUACUUCAGGCCAGUAGAUGAUCGGCUACUCAAUCUGGGAUGUUCUGAAAUCACUUCCAUUUCUUGCUCAUCUUCCCAAUAUUACAGUCUUCUGGAGCUUGACAACUACAGAUACUCUACUUUCAGAGAGGAUACUGUAUAUACAGAUAUGGAGAAUUGCAAACAGGCUUGCUUGAAGAACUGUUCAUGCAAAGGCGCUAGAUUUCUAUACGAUUGGAAUUCUUCCAAUGGGAAUUGCUACUUAUUGUCUGAAGUUUUUUCACUCAUAAGAAAUUAUGGGAAAUAUGAAGAAACAUAUGUGAACUCCACCGUACUUCUUAAAGUGGACUCUCCAAUUGAAAAUAAUACAGAACAAGUUGGAAGCAAAGCUGGGAAGAAAACAGGGCAUGUUCCAAUCAUAAUUGGGUCGAGUCUUGGAGCUUUCUUUGGUGUGCUUAUCUUAAUUGUCACUUGCCUGUUUUUUUUCAGGAAGAAAAAUAAUACCAUGGAAGUUGAGGAGGAUUAUCUAGACCAGGUAUCAGGAAUGCCCACUAGAUUCUCUUAUGAAGACUUGAAAGCUGCAACUGAAAAUUUUAGUCGGAAGCUUGGGGAAGGAGGAUUUGGGUCAGUCUAUGAAGGCACGUUGGGCAAUGGUGUCAAGGUUGCAGUCAAGCUACUUGAAGGUUUAGCCCAAGUAAAGAAAUCAUUUUUAGCAGAAGUUGAGACAAUAGGCAGCAUUCACCAUGUCAAUUUGGUCAAACUAAUUGGAUUUUGUGCUGAAAAAUCACAUAGGCUCUUAGUCUAUGAGUACAUGUGCAACGGAUCCUUGGAUAGAUGGAUCUUCCACAAAAACCAAGACCUUGCUCUUGGUUGGCAAUCCAGAAGAAAGAUCAUCCUUGACAUAGCCAAGGGACUCUCCUACCUCCAUGAAGAAUGCACAAAGAAAAUAUUCCACUUGGAUAUUAAGCCCCAAAACAUCCUUUUGGAUGAACACUUCAAUGCAAAAGUUUCUGAUUUUGGCUUAUCCAAACUUAUAGACAGGGACCAAAGUCAAGUUGUAACAACAAUGAGGGGAACACCUGGUUAUUUAGCUCCUGAGUGGUUGAGUGCAGUAAUCACAGAAAAAGUGGAUGUUUAUAGCUUUGGUGUUGUGGUAUUGGAAAUCUUGUGCGGGCGGAAAAACAUAGACCGGUCUCAGCCUGAGGAAGAUAUGCAUUUACUGAGUAUUUUCAAGAGGAAGGCACAAGAGGAGCAGCUUUUGGACAUGAUUGAUAAACACCGUACUGAGGAGAUGCAAUUACAUGGAACAGAAGUAGUGAAGAUGAUGAGAGUGGGUGCAUGGUGCCUACAAAGUGAUUUUGCUAAGAGACCUUCCAUGUCCAUGGUAGUGAAAGCUCUGGAGGGUUUGGUCGAUGUUGAUGAGAACCUGGAUUAUAGCUUCUCACCUUUGCCACUGCCUGGAUCCUUACCAGUUGUUGGUCCCAAGGAAGGUGUUGCCAGUUCUAGUACUACUCCAUUACUGGCAUCUGUUUUAUCAGGGCCAAGGUAAAGAAGCUUUCACAAAUUCAUGAGACUUAAAAAUUUCUCUUGGGAGUACACCAUUGCGAUUAUGGAUGCAUAGUAGUCAUAUGUAUUCAAUAGAUGAUUUGAUUAAAUUUUAUUUGUAUUCAA